AUGAGUGAUGAGUAAACUAAGUAAUUGAAAAAAGAAAUCCUGUAAGAUGCAGAAUUGCAAGCUAAGAAAUAGAGAUUUGCAUUAUUUUCUUCUCCAGUCCCACUUGGGUUAGGAGAUGACAGUUACGAUUUCAAAAAGAGACCUCCCAGAGGUGAAAAUGGGAAACCCAUCACUGAGUUAACUAAUGUUAAAAUUGGAGCCCCCAAAAGUGGAAGAAUUAAGAGCUCCUAUUUUAGCUAGGCUACUUUCAAUUCUAUUGGUGAUCCUUAUACUGAUCCGUAAAGAAAAUACUUGUAAUAUGAAUUGGAGAAGACAAAGAAGAUCUUAUUUAAGGAUUAGCCUUUCAAGCCUGCAUCUGGAUAUAAAGAGUUGCUUACAGGAGCUUGGCCUCACAUGAAGGAUUAUGACAUGAAAAGAACAAGAAACUAUAAAACUGCUGAUGGCAGAGUGUGGUCAGCUCCUCGUAAUAUCACAACAAACCCUGCCAACAAGGACUUGUCUAAGGGAUACCCUCAUUAAAAAGAUGAAUACGACAGAUUUCACCAAUAUUAAUUGAAAUUAUAAAUGGACGCCAAAAAAAAGGAAAAGGAAGUAGCCUUCAAGACUACUGCUGCAGGAGGAGAGAACUUCAAUAAGGACAAAUAGGUUUUUGGAUUUGAUGGAAAGGCACCUCCUCCAAACAAAGAAAAGCAUCAUGAUAUGCAUAUAAUGAAACAUGAAUAAAACUUCAAACCUUCCAAUCCGGGAAAAAAGGGCUUUGAAGGAGAAUUUGAAUCAGUUACAUACAAGCCUGAUCCACAGAAACCAUAGAAAAGAGUAGAAUGGCCUAAAGGAAAAGAACGAUUCAAGCCUAACCAUUUAGACAUAUUAUCAAGACCGACCCCUUCAAUAACAUGCUUCAAAUAGAACAUUAGAAGAGUUAUGAGUGCCAAAGGAUUCUGA